AUGCUGCACUUACAGAGAGUCUUGGAGUGCGUUCUUAAGGAGGCAGAUGGAGAAGAGUACGACAGAAAGUACGUUUACAGCAGACUCGAUGCAAUCCCGUGGGAUGAGAGGCCGAAAAUCCUCGAGGAAAUUUGCGAAGUUCUGAAAACGUGUGUGCUAAAGAGCAGGCUCUCCCUGUGCGAAGCGUACUUCCACUGGAAAAAGGCGACUAAAUCCCUGGAAAGUCUCUUUUCUGCGCUAAAUAUCCAGCCGGGAAGAAGAAGAAGGGUGCAGAAUAUGCCGCUUAGAAGGGCCUUCCGCCAGGGCAUCCUCGGACUAGCUAGUGCCCGGAGGGGGGAAGAAGUCUCGAAAGUCGUGGAGAGUGUCGUAUCCUUCAUACGGGGAUCGGAGGAGGCAGAAAAGUCCGUGGGAAAGAAGACCCUCGGAGUGCAGAUGCGGCUUCUUGCAGGGAUCUGCGAGGGUGCGAGGACUGAGGCUGAGAUUGUUCGGGUGUACGCUGAAGCUGCGAGGGCUUUUGUCUCCCGCGCGGAAAACCUGAAACUUCACGGGGAGCCCAGAAAAAAAAUAACGGAAUUUUUGGAGGAGGCUCCUGGCGUGGGAAGGAGACCGCGGGGACUCUCUGCGCGGAUGAAAGCAGAAAUUAGGAGGGAAACCAGCAGGAUUAUAACGGGAUCUUCUCUCGUGGCGUGGGAUGAGUUCCUGGGGCUUCUUGCAGGGGGAGAUGUUUUGGCCGUUUCUUCCGUUUUUUCCUCGGGAGUUGCCAGGGACGGAGUUUCCCGGGGGAAUCUCGUGGGGGUUUUCGGGGAGGCUGUGCGGAGGUGCGCAGAGUCUGGGGAGGGAGGUCCUUACGAGGGACUUAUGCGCAUCUGCAGGAUGCCCUGGCCUGAAAAAAUGAAGAAAACCGUUAGAAAGAUCGUAAAAAAUCAGGUAAAAGAUUUAGUGCGAGUAAAACCUGUGGAGUACUCGGGGUUCCUGGUGAGGAAGAUGCAGAGCCUCAUGCGGGAUAGAGACGCCCACCCGAAGAUCCGACAGGAGAGACCUUUUCUCAGGAUCAUCGCAGAGGAGGCUUCAAGCACGAACUACUUCGAGAAUUCUCUUGUCUUUAUGCUCGUGAAUGAACUCCUUUACGGAGCAUCCCUGAAAAGAGCCAGAAAUGUCUUCUCAGCAGUCAGAGGGACCUGGAAGUACCCCCUCAGAAGGCGAAUAGAGGGCCUCCUAAACGACUUUGCAGAGGCUGAGAAAGUCAACGGGGGAAAAGUCUCCCUCAUACACGCGAACAGCUUCCGAUGGCCCUCCCCCCUCCAAAGGCUCGACUUAGACGUGCCCGAAAUAGCAAAGGCAAAGAGAAAAAUUUUGAGCGACAGAAAAAGAAAAAAAGUAAAAAUAGAGUGGAUGGACAGCCUCUCAGUCGUGGAAAUCCGCAUAAACUCAGGAAAGGCAGUUCUCUCCCUCCUGCAGUACUGGAUAAUCCAAAAAAUUCUUGAGAAUUCUGAGAUAGAACUUUCGGAGGUGGAGAGUAAAAUGAAGAUGUGCUGGCCCCAUAUACGCCCCCUUGUAGAUGGAGGGAUUCUCGCCUUCUCUGAGAGCACACAGAAACUGACGCCCGGAGAAAACUUCAAUAGAGAAAGCGAAUGGGAGAAUCUCCUCCCAGAAUACGAUCUAUCCAGCAGGGAGGAGGCUCCGAGUAGUGCUAGACUCCUUGGGAACCUGGCACUGGACAGUGCUAUAUCGAAGUCCCUGAAGAGGAAUUCUCCGCAGUACCUGAGCGAAUUACUGCAGGAAAUAGCGAAGACCCACAAAACCACGACAGAAGCCGUCCACAAGAGGCUGCUUUCUCUCGUUGCGAGGGGGCUGAUUCUCCUCGAGGAAUUCGGGGCUUCCCAGGUCUCGUACAUCCCGUAG